CCCACCCGUGCCGUGUGUGGGCUCAUCACAUCUGUGCGGCGUUGGGGUUGAAUUUGGGGUUGGUCUGGGGGGCGGCGGUGGCGGGGUCCUCAUCGGUCGUCAUCUGCUGCUUCACCUCCGCCAUGACCUCGUAGCGCAGAGCCUUGCGCAAGUGACGCACAAUCCAAACCCUACCACAGACAGACCACAAAGGAGACGAGACGGACGGUCGAGCCGCCGACACUUUAUUUGAGGCAGGCAGGUGUGUAAGUACCUGUAGAUGAAGAAGAGUGACACGACGACGAUGGAAGCGCCGAUGAUGGAGACGAAGACGAUCCACCAGGGGACGCCCUUCUCCUGCUCAAGCUUGUGCACCUUCUUCUCGAACUCGAUCUUGCUCGGAUGGAGCAGCGUGUCGCACUCCUGACAGACAGAUAUCGACAUACAUACGCAGGGAGAGGGCGGCCGUUGGUGCGCUAGCUGGUGUCUCGUCUCAUUGGUUGAUGUGUGGACUUGUGUACCUUUGGUCGUUUUUCGAACCCUGAGCAGACGGCUCGUGUGAUGACCUCCGAGUCGAGGGGCCCGCUGUACCGCCAGUCGUUGAUGCGCAUCGCCAGGGGGCUCCACGCGUGGUUGAGGCGCUCCCUUUCCAAUAUCGACUCCUUGUCCUCCUGCGCACACAAACCGACACAGAGGCAGGUGGGGUGGUUGCGGUGCGUGUGGGUGCUGCGUUCUGACGUACGGUGAGGCAUUUGUUGAUCUGCUUCAUGUCUGCGCCGAGCUUCUUCAUGAGGGCUAGGGAGCACUCCUCGCCGAAGGCCUUGUUGCCCUUGCCAUCCAUCGGACACCUGCGCACCGCACACACGAUUGACAGUAUUCCCUGCCCUCCCCUCGUUCCUCCCUCCCUCGAUGCCCGUGUUGUGCGUGUGGUGUCGUACGCCUUGGGUAGCUGGUCGACGUAGUUCCACCAGAUCGCCGAGUAGUCGCCGCUCUGCUCCACAUUGUGGUCAACAAUCGCUGUCUUCUCCCACAGACACAAUUGACUGCACACACACACCACACACACCACCGGUCAGUCGUAACUCUACCGUGCCCACGCAUCCAUCCAUCCAUCCAUUUAUCCAUCCAUUUAUCCAUCCAUCCAUCCACCUCUGUUCGCUCACCGGACGGUUUCCUCGACCACGUCUUUGCCCGUGGUUGAGCCGGCCAUGUCGGGGUCCAGGGCGCAGUAGGUGGCGUCGUCGUCUAUGCACAAGUCCUUGUAGUCCCGCGGGAGGCUGAAGAUCCAGUAGUGCGGACGGAAAUCAAGCUGCAAGGUGGUAAGGUGAGCAGCAACCACAGAACGAACACCAUACAUACACACACACCACACAAGCACGAGAGAGAAUGGAGAACGAGACGAGGAAGGGGAGAAGGGGAGAAGGAGUCGCCUUUGUCCUGACCUUGUGCUUGAGCGUCUUGGCGUAGUGGGAGUACUCCUGCAGGAAUUCGAUGCUCUUCUCCACCGCUGGGGUGAUCCAGAAGUCCAUCGACACCGUCGUCUCCUGCAGCGCAGCACCAGAGAAGACACAGACGAGAAGCCAAUCCGUCGCCUGGUCUGGUCUCCGUCAAGACCUCCGCAUAUAUGUGGGUCAGGUCUGCACCCACCCACCUUUGGCACGUCCCAGGCCAGCUCGAUGAUGACGUUGUUUUCGUUCUUCUGGAGCUCCUCGAUCAGCAGGGACCCCUCCUUGUCACUGAUCAGGAUGGACGGCACCUUGACGUUGUCGCCCCAGCCGUCAUCAGCCAUGAUGACUCGCUGGAUCUCUGACGGUGUCCUGUUGGACCCCUCGGUGUCCACCACUAUCACCGCCAUGGCCUCCUUUUUCUCAGCGAUGCGAAUCUUUGUCACGAAGUUGCAGUUCCCUGAUAUACGAAGGAACGAAACAAACAAACAAACGGUUAGAAUGGCUGUGACGCUCUCUGCCCUUCGCCUCUCUGUCGCUGCCCUCCGCCUGUCUGCCUGUGGCUGCGGUUGGGGUGCCAUAUUGUGUGUGUUGUACCUCUCCUGACGACGAUGAUGUUGGGCAGCUUUCUUUCCUUUUCGCCGAGGGGGUCCGGGAUGUCAUAGUCGUCCUCGCGGCACCAUUGGUCGCCCUUGGUCGGGCCGUACACCAAGCGGCCGGUUAUCCGCUCGCCAUAAUACUGCCACACACACACGACCAGCAGCCACCAUACUCACCCCAGCCGUCCCUUAGGCCUUCCCUCCCGCGGCGCCGCGCCCUGCCUCUGUGUGUGUGUGUGUGUUGUUUGUUGUGUGGGUAUACCGGUGUGCCAAAGGCGGCAGUUGAGCCGUCGAUCUCGGCCCUGUGGAACUUCUGGGAGAGGCUCUUUGGCUCGAGCACCUUGAUUUGAGCCACUGUGCUGACGACGUACGCAAGGCAGACGCACACCGCCAGCGGCUUCCUGAGGACCAUCCUGUGUGAUUCUGAUGUGACAAGAGGCCCCCUGUGCGGCUGCGAUGUGCGUGCG